AUCAACCUGCUCUAUAAAUAAACCCAUGUCAACAAGCAACUUCUAAAGGACCUCAGCAGAUAAUUCAGAGUAUUAGGGACUGGAGUAUUGGAGAGUGAUUCUCUUGAAUGAUGACUGAGAGCAAAGUUAGGAAAUGGAAAGGUUGCUAAUUAAAGCUUUAGCAAGCAGAUUGGGACAAAGAAGAAGCAGAGUACAAAGAUGUUGUACCUGCAGAUUGAGGCCCAGAGGGCAAAGGCCAAUGGGCUACCCAAAGAAAAAGAACUGAAAUAUCCGGAGAUAAGAAAUGCAUCAGAAAAGAAAGAAAGAUUUAAGAGUGCUGGAUCUAGUGUGGAAAGAGGGGAUAGUGGAAGAGCAGAAGAGAAGCCAGGCUCUCCCCUAUUCAGCUCCAUGCUGCCUGACUCAGAAUGGGUAAAGCUAAGUCCUCAAGAGAAAUUAUCCUGGGCAAAAAGGACCCAAGACCCUCGGAUUGCCAUAGGUCAUCAAUCCCCACUAGAAAAAAAAAUUGUGAGUUUAGGUGGUCCACAAACUCCAGCUGCAAGAAAUCUGUUAGCUCAAAGACGUAAAGAGGAACACGAGACACUCUUUAAGGAAAAGGUUAAGUCUUUUGACUAUCAACUUGCUAAAGCAGAGAAUUACUACCAUACAAGAAUACUGGAAAUGAUGGAAGAACAGAAUGAAUUUAAGAAGCCCCGAAUAGAGCUAGUGACAACACCAAAAAGCCAGAAGAACUCAGAGGCUGAAGAAUGGGACUAUUUGGUAUCAGAGAGAGAGUUAAAACAAAUAGAGUGUCAUAUACGCAGGGCAGAACAGGCCAGAUGUAUUAAAGAUACAAAAUGUGAAUCAUUCCCCCAAAUCCCAAGCAAAACACAUUUCCCCCAAAUUCUUAUACCUGAAAGUAAAAAGGGUGCCAUCCAGAAAACCCCAUCGAUGAGAAAGCAAAUAAGAGAGUGGGAUUGGAAGCAGCAAACAAAAGAACAUUUAGAACGCAUGAUUCGAGGUAGAGAAUUUAAUGAGGAAAGAAACAAGGAAAGACUUUCUGUAAGAAUCCCAAGUCAUCCUCCUCCAUUUCAAAAGCAUGUAAAGAAGAAGAGCCAUAAAUGGUUUGGAUGGAACACUGCUUAUCCACUUCUCCAACCUCAAGAUGCAAGUCCAAUCAAAGUGGAUGUCUUUGUGGAAGAAUCAUCAGAAGAGAACAAGAAAGAGGUUUUGCCCUUGCAGGAGAUGGUGUCCUUAGAAGUUAUAUGGGAGUUGUCAGGAAGUCUGCUUCAGGAUGCAUCCCAGGAAGGCAGGACAAAAUCAAUCCUCCAAGCAAAUGUUUUGGGGGAGCUGAACCACCACAUUAAUCAGGAACCAUAACCCUUUACUGGAGAAUGGUUAAGUAAAUGGGCCUUCUGCUGUCUCUGGCUCUUAGCUUCUCUGCCUCAGAGAAAAAGGAACCAAAAGAAGUAUAUGGAUUUUCAGACAUAUGCUCUGAUAUAGGAAGAUGAGAGAACUGCUGACUCUGUUCUUGGGAAGGGGAGAGCCAGAGACCUCUUCCCACUCAGUAGGCUCUGAUGACCAGAAUCCUGCCUCCCUUCUCCCACAGAAGGCCCCUUACCCUGUUCCAUCUAUGGCAAAUGCUUCAGUGGCCACUGCCACUUUGAUAAUCACUGCACAUGGGUGAGGAAUCCUGAGGGAGAAGGGUGCUGGAGGGUGCACCUCUCUUGUAGACCAGUCAGUGACCUGCCCUCCGGUGA